CAUUGUGUUCACCGUUCCCACAGAAAGAUUCCUCUCUUGUGCAAUUUCACUACAGGUCAUGAGUCGAUUAUCCAGGAUCAGGCGUUCCACAUGUUGAAUGUUCAAAGGAAUGACUGCUGUGGGCUGGGAACCACCAUGGCAGGGAUCGUCACUGACGGACGUACGACCAUUUUUGAAAUGUUUACACCAUUCAAAUGUCUUCACCAUACUGUGCUUGAAAUCUUCUGUAGAUAUCCGUAGGUUUUGCUCCUUCAUUCACAAGAAACUUUGUCACCACACGCUAUUCCGUGUACACACUAACACUGUUGUCUGCUAU